CAAUUAUCAUUUUCUUUUUUACAAAUUUCAGAGUAAAAAGCUGUAAUGCUUUCAAAUUUUUUUCGAAUUUCUUUGUGUUUCAUCAGCAACAUCGGUUAAUUCCCAAAAUGGUCAAAGUGGUUGAGGACAUUUUCGGCAUUGCGAUCAAUCCAUUCACGGAAAAAGCGCAAGUCGUGCGACGUUAUACGAUCAGCAAUGCGAAUCAUCUGACCGCCUCCAUUAUUCAACUGGGGGCCUCCAUACAGAGCAUUAGCUGCCCCGAUGCGUAUCACAAUGUGGAGGACGUUGUGCUGGGCUUCAACGAUGUGGCCGGCUACGAGAAGAAUCGCCACAGACACUUCGGAUGCAUGUUGGGACGCGUAGCCGAUCGUGUUGCCAACGCCGAGUUCAUUAUGGACAGACGACGAGUGCAUGUGUCAAAGAAUCUGAACGAUAAGCAUCAGAUCGAUGGCGGCUAUGUGGGCUUCGAUCGUGUCAUUUGGGAUCUGGAUAUGAUACGACCGGAUGGUGUUACCCUCAAACAUGUCUCGGCUAAUGGCCACGAGGGUUAUCCGGGGGAUUUGACGGUGCUGGUGCAUUACACCAUGGACGAUGAUAAUCGUUUCUUUAUGCGCAUCGAGGCGAGAUCGGAUCAAACGACACCUGUGAAUAUCAGUAAUCAUUGCUACUUUAAUUUGGCCGGACAGCGAGCGGGCCGCCGGGGCAUCUUGGAGCAUCGUCUGGUGAUUGCGGCCGAGCAUACGAUUGAAACGAACGAGGAAUCGAUGCCAACGGGUCGAUUUUCUACGGUGAACAAUACGAUCUAUGAUAUGCGAGUGCCGGCAUUUAUUGGCGAUCGUUUGAGGCAAUUUGAGCACAAGUCUGUCCUUGGUUUCGAUGUUUGCUAUGCCAUCGACAAGGACUUUGAUGCCAAUAUUGUGCAUUUCGUGGGCAAAAUUCUGCAUCCCGAGUCCGGUAGAUUCAUGGAGAUCCACAGCAAUCAGCCGGGUCUGCGUUUUUGCACGGCCAACGAUUUUCCCAACGAUUCGCGUGACGAAGAACCGAUUAUGGGCAAAGAUUGUGCCAGAUAUUUUCAGUAUUCGGGUUUCAGUGUGCAAAUGGAAAAGUUUCCUGAUACCGUAAACAAUCUCGACUUUCCCACUGCCUUCAUAAUGCCCAGUGAAUUGUAUUUUCACGAAACCAUCUACACAUUUGGCGUGCAGGAGUCGUGGAAGUGUUGCGCCACACCCGAAGAGCUAACGGAGCUGGGCGAUGAUAUUGUUAGGUACCAUUAACAUGUGUAAAGUUAAUUUUAUUUUCAACACAUUGUUUCUUUUAGUGUCAACUAAAUUUACAGUCAUUUCUUAAUAAAACUAAGCUUUAAUAAAGCAAG